AUGAGGCAGAUGAGUUCUUCUCAUGUUUGGUGUUCAGAGGCAAAAGUUUCUAGGAGCACAGGAAAGGAGCUGCAGCUGCAAGAUCAAAGUGUUUCAGCUGAUUAUCCUGCACUCCUACUUCCUAAUCAGUUUGCAUUUGUAAAUUCAAUGGCUUCACCACCGCCCUCUCCUUCCUCGGUAGCCAAUUCGCAGAACUCCACAUCCAAGACGUCUCUCCUCCCUAAGGCGGAGCCCAAACCCGAGCCACAGGUUGACGGUGCUGCGGGUAAUGGAAUGUUGGAUUUUCUGGAGAAAAAGCCGGUGGUGGAUAAUGGGGGCUUGUCCGAUGUUCUCGAGGUGAAGCCCAAGUUACAGGAGAGCUCUCGGGAUAUUGACAACCCAGAGACUAUCAACAAGUUCAAAAAGUAUGAAGCUGACUACAUUCGAUUGUUAAUGGGCAAAUACUUCUCAAAGAAGGAUCCUUAUGGAGCCAACAUAUACAGUCAAAAAUUGAUGGUAGAAGAUGAAACUAUAAGGUCAAGCAGGUUUCCCGCUACCCGAUCAUAUGCAGACCCAGUCCAGGGUUUUGAAGAUCAGAGCGGGAAUGCUUCUCCUGCAGCUGAAACCCCCACUGGUAUCUCAAAUGGGAAACAGCAAGCACCAAAGAAGAGCGGCUGAUGAUGCAUUUGCUCGCUUCUCUGAACCCUUGGUCAGUACCCUGUAAGAGUAAAUGGAUAAUGUAUACAAAACUUAUUAUGAAGAAUGAACCACAACUUUUCAUCUA